GCUGAUAUAACCUGCCAGAGACUACCCCAGGCUGAUAUAACCUGCCAGAGACUACCCCAGGCUGAUAUAACCUGCCAGAGACUACUCCAAGCUGAUAUAACCUAACAGAGACUACCCCAGGCUGAUAUAACCUGCCAGAGACUACCCCAGGCUGAUAUAACCUGCCACCGACUACCGCAGGCUGAUAUAACCUGCCACAGACUACCCCAGGCUGUUAUAACACACUGACUGAUAACUUGUACAGAAAAAGAUUCUGUGAUGUCACAUCUCAAGACCAAGUGUAACUAAGUAGAAGUUCACAAUGUCAAGCAGAGAUAAAAAGUUCUCCUGUGAGGAAUGUGGCAAACAGUUUUGUUUUAUGUCUACUCUUCAGACACAUUUACUUGUACACAAUGGUAUGAAGGAGUUUGAAUGUAAGGAAUGUGGGAAACAUUUGUCAUGUAAGAGUGCUCUCAAGAGACACAUUAUUGAACACAGUGGUAUAAAGGAGUUUGAAUGUGAGGAAUGUGGAAAACAUUUUGCACGGAAGAGUCAUCUCAAGAGUCACAUUCUUGGACACAGUGGUAUAAAGGAGUUUGAAUGUGAGGAAUGUGGGAAACAUUUUGCAGAAAAGGGUACUCUCAAGAGACACAUUCUUGGACACAGUGGUAUAAAGAAGUUCGAAUGUGAGGUAUGUGGAAAACAUUUUGCAGAAAAGGGUACUCUCAAGACACACAUUCUUGGAUACAGUGGUAUAAAGGAGUUUGAAUGUGAGGAAUGUGGGAAGCAUUUUGCACAUAAGAGUCAUCUCAAGAGACACAUUCUUGGACACAGUGGUAUAAAGGAGUUUGAAUGUGAGGAAUGUGGGAAACAUUUUGCACAUAAGAGUCAUCUCAAGAGACACAUUCUUGGACAUAGUUGUAAGGGCUGAAACAAGUAGGAUGGUUGUCCUCCGCUUGUUUGGUUGUUCGGCCCCCACUGGGGGGUAGACGAAGGUGAGAAGUUCGCUGCUGCUUUGUCACACAUCAGACACUACCCAGCCGUCAACACAGCUGUACUUGCACCCCGCUGUUCGUUCAAAUUCUGGUUGCGUGCUGCUCAUCUUAGGCUCCUGGAGAUCAUUGGGUGAUUCCCCAGUCCUUCUCUAUUCGUCCGUCAAUCUCCGGACACCUACCCCGGCUACUACAGCGUCUGCCACGUCAUUGCCACUUCCUCCACGCCCUAGCCACUGUCCGUACCCUGGCGUCUCUCCUGUGUGGCAAGACAUCGCAUACCAACGCCAAGUGAGGAAGCUGCCCUGGACCUUUCCCCUGAGAGCGGACCACCACGUCGACGGAACAUUCCACCAGGCUGCCGCCGUAAGAAAUAUCCAUUAAUUGUUUGACUCCCUUAAUUGGUGAUUUUGUAUUUGUGAGUGGUGUCAAUUUUUUUUAUUAUUUUCGUAGUAAAGAGAUGUCAAUCUCUGAA